CCACACCUUUUCUCCUACCCACCACCCGUCUCCGCAACCCACACAUCUCCAUUGCGCCAAGGAAGAAGAAACCCUCCCCCUCCCUCUCCCCAAUCCAAUCCAAUCCAAUCCGGCGAGUCGCGACCAGCUCAGUCUCUCGAAGGAGCGCCAUGGCCAAGAGCUCGUUCAAGCUGGACCACACGCUCGAGAGGAGGCAGGCUGAGGCUAACCGUAUCAGAGAAAAGUACAGUGACAGAAUUCCUGUGAUUGUUGAGAAAGCUGAAAGAAGUGAUAUUCCUGACAUCGACAAGAAAAAGUACCUGGUCCCUGCUGAUCUUACCGUUGGGCAGUUUGUCUAUGUUGUUCGGAAGCGGAUCAAGCUCAGUCCUGAGAAAGCAAUCUUCAUCUUUGUGAAGAAUACUCUUCCACCAACAGCUGCUCUGAUGUCCGCAAUUUACGAGGAGAACAAGGAUGAGGAUGGGUUCCUCUACAUGACCUACAGUGGCGAGAACACCUUUGGGCUGCUCUAGGCGCGGCAGCAAUAUCGCUCUCAACUCCUGUAAAUAAGACUUGCCAAACAAGUGUAUAUUCUUUGCUUACCUCGUGGCAAAUCUUUAAACUCUAAUAGUAGUAAUGCCAAGAUCCUCUCAGUUGUUCUGAACAUAUAUACGCUGCUUGAUAAUACUCCCAAGUAAUUGUGGCUCUGGUGAAUGUGUUCUCUUGUGGUCU